AUGGAAGCGGUAAUCAACGGAGGAUUGACCGGCCGGAGCAUGGAGUUGGACAAAACUUGUCCCCACGGGCAGGUCCUUGUGCUCACCGCCUUCGGGCAUGGCCAUCUCUUCCCUUGUCUCGAACUCUGCCGCCGCAUAGCCUGCCAGAAUUAUAAGGCUACUCUCAUCGUUUUCUCCCAUCUGGUCCCCUCCAUUAACUCUUCUUUCACCCAAAACCCUCUCAUUGAUGUUGUCCAAGUACCGUCUCCUUCUCCCAGGCCCGGUUUACCGGCCCAACUGCAGCAGGACACAUACGACAAGUUGAACCGGGUCGUCGAGGGUGUUCUGUCAGAGCCCCAUUUAGUCAGGCCUGUUUGUGCCGUGGUCAACAUGUUUAUGCUCAUGAGCUGGACUAAGGGGGUUUUUAAUAAAUUUCACGUCCCAACUGUGGGGUUUUUCACUUCCGGCGCAUGCUCCCCAGCAAUGGAGCAUGCCUCGUGGAAGGCUGAUGCGGAAGAUAUCAGGUCUGGGGAGUUCCGACCAUUGCCGGGACUUCCUGAUUCGAUGGGCCUUACCCGAUUGAACAUCAAGAGACGACCCUUUAGGUCUCCAACUAGUAGCAAUGGCCCUGGUAAACCCCCAGGACCCGGCAUGCCACAAAAUUUGGGGCCGCCAGGGCCUGGUAAAAGGCCCGUUUGGCUAGAUGAUGUAGAGGACCCAAUUGGGUUUAUGUUUAACACAUUCGACGAUCUUGAACGACCAUUUCUCAAGUACCUGACCUGUCAACUUGAGAAACCUGCAUGGGGCGUAGGGCCCCUUUUGCCCGAUGAAUACUGGAAAGUUGAGGAUUCACCAGUCCAUGAUGAGGAUGUCAGGAUCAAUAGGAACUCGAGCAUGACUGAAGCUAAUAUCAUGGAUUGGAUGGAUAUGAAGCCCCGUGGUUCUGUGAUUUUCAUUUCAUUCGGAAGCUCUCUGAGCCCAACGGUUGAGGAAUUGGCUGAACUGGCUGAGGCACUGGCAGAGUUGGCAUGGCCGUUUAUAUGGGUAAUCCAGUCCGGCACGGGAGCCGAUUACUUCCCCCAUGGACUGGACGGAAGAGUCGGCAAGAGAGGCUUGAUCAUAACUGGGUGGGCCCCGCAACUAUUGAUACUAAGCCACCCAUCAACGGGCGGCUUUCUGUCUCACUGUGGGUGGAACUCUACCAUCGAGUCGCUCAUGCAGGGGGUCCCAUUGCUCGCCUGCCCGAUCAGAGGAGACCAGUACGAUAAUGCGAGACUGGUGGUGGACCACUUCAAGGUGGGGAUCAUGGUUACGGAGGACCCAUCAUCUUUCGCCAAGAAAGAUAAUUUUGCUAAGGCCAUUGAGAGGUUGAUGGAAAAUGAAGAGAUUAAGGAAAGAGCGAAGGAGCUCCGUUCGUGUUUCGGAUGCAAGUUCCCAUCUAGUUCAGAUGCCGCUCUGGAUGAUUUCAAGGAUUUGAUCCAAUGA